AUGAGAAAAGCGGAAGCCGAGUAUUGGAAAAGUGAAUUUGAUAAUGCAACUAACUCUAAUGAAUUCUGGAAGGUAGUGAAGAAAGUGCACAGGAAAACGAAAUCAAUAAAAAUUGGACCACUUGAAGAUGACCUAGGUAAUGUACAAACAGACGAAAAGGAAAAGGCUGAAUUGAUGAAUAAUUACUUUGCAACAGUUGGCGAAAAGUUGGCGGAAGCAUUCCCUGCACAAAUAGAAUCGGAACAGUUUAUAUUGAGAAUAACUCCAAGUAUUGAUGAGCUGAAAAUUGACGAUAAGUUAUUAGUGAACCAAAUUAAAACAAUCAAUCCUGAUAAAGCAUCCGGACCAGAUGACAUCAAACCAAAAGAUUUUAACAUUGCUGGAGAGGCAUUAAUAGACGGCUUGCGUAUUGUCUUUAAAAAGAGUAGAGAAACGAGAAAAUUACCCCAAGCAUGGAAAAAGGGAAAAUUAAAAGCUGCAUUUAAGAAAGGAAAUACAACAAAGCGAUCAAAUUACAGACCCUUGACCAUGCUAAGUCUUCCCAGUAAAAUGCUUGAAAAACAUGUUUCACAACAGAUAGAUGAACAUAUAAAUCAACAUAAUCUAUCGAAUGACAAGCAGUGGGGUUAUAAAAGAGGAAGAUCGACCGAGUUGUUAUUGUUAAAUCUAACAGAACAUUGGAAGAUGGCACUUGAUAGUGGAAAAACAGUUGGCAUUUUAUUUAUAGAUUUUAAAAAAGCGUUUGACAGUGUCAACCAUACCAUUUUAAUGGGCAAGAUACAAGGAAAGGGUAUAGCAGGAGAAGUAUACGAAUGGUUAAAAGAUUACUUGACUGAUAGGCAACAAUUUACAGAUCUAAAUGGCCUUUACUCAAGCUCACGAACUGUAAAAUAUGGAGUACCACAAGGAUCGCUAUUAGGACCGCGACUAUUCAAGAUAUACGUUGACGAUCUUCCUGAUAAUGUAAGUGAAGGAUGGGUGUAUAUGUUUGCUGACGAUACUACUGGAUAUGACAUUGGAGAUAAUAUUGAUGUAGCGACAGAUAAAUUAAAUCAAAUGGCCGGAGAAAUAUACGAAUGGUGUAGGAAAAAUAAGAUAACUGCACAUAUAGGCAAAACAGAAGCAAUGAUACUGUCACAACAGCCCUUUUAUGGUCCAGUAAAACCGAUAUGCUUUGGAAAUGAACAGAUAAAACUUGUAACAACAACACAGUCAUUGGGGGUAACAAUUGAUAAUAGACUGACGUGGAAGGAGCAACAUAAAAAGGUAAUAAAAUCAUUCAGCGCAAAACUGUCCCAAUUAAAAAGAAUGAAGUAUCUACCGAGAUAUGUACUGGAGGAAAUUUAUCACAAAGCAAUCAUACCAAACGUGACAUACGGCAUACUAGUUUGGGGAACAUGUUCACCUUCGUUAAUGGAUGAUUUAGAGAACCAUCACGUAAGAGCGGCAAAGAUGAUAUAUAACAUUCGGCAAGAUAAUUUAACGAAUGAACAAAUACUAGAAAAAGUAGAUUGGAAACCUAUAGGUGAUAUAUAUAAAAAGCGUAUCUUGACUUUAAUGCAUGAUGUAUAUUAUAUGAAUGUUCCACAGGAUUUGCAAAACCUAUUCACACAAACUGUGAGAAUAGGAAGACGAAAACAGAAUUUUAAUCUGGUUAGGUGUAAAACCGAAAAAGGAAGGACAUCUUUACGGUACAGAGGUCCUAUAGCAUGGAACCAACUUGAUAAUGACACUAAGGCGAUAGUUAAUAAAAUCGCAUUUAAAACUAAAAUUAGGAAUAGUCCAAACUUAGAUAGUAUAAAUUUUCUUAAAGAAGCAGCUGUUAAUAACAACAAGAAUACUAAAGACUUCAAAUAUUUCUAA